AUUUAUAGAUCAUAGCACAGAACACUAUUACUUCCAGCGAAGGUUCAUAGUUACACUUCACAGCCACACGCCCACUAAUAACCCUAUUAACGUAACUGUCCGGAUACGGCUGUCAAACAUCAAAGAAAUGACUUUUCGUAAAUUCGAAAUUCAAAUAUUGAUGGAGCUGAGGCGGAGUCAAAAUUUAAAAAGCGAAUAAAGGAUUAAGUGUACGCAUAACACGUUCCUACUUCGUUGUAGAAAGAUAUAAAUUAAUUAAUACCUUAAUAUGCAUUAAGUACAGCAGAAUUCAAUUUAUAAGCUUGUAAUGGUGCAGAUUCAAGAAACGGUGAUGCCUAUAAUGUCUACAUCCAUAUAAUAUAUAACUAAAAAAUCAAAUAAACAUAGAAAAAUGUUUCUGAAAGGAAAUAUACUUAAAUCUAUAAAGUUUAAGAACACGGUGCCUCUGCCAUUUUCGUAUUGGGUCCUUGUUACUCUUAGAUUUGCAUUAACGCUACUACCUCAAACAGGAUACAUUCACCCAGAUGAAUAUUUUCAAAAUGUUGAAGUUAUUGCCGGUGAUAUAUUUGAUGUAGAUGUUGCAAGAACGUGGGAAUUCGAUCCAAAAUUCCCAAUACGUAAUAUAUUUGUACCAAAACUUAUUUUAGGCCCACCACUUUUCAUUAUACGGAUUCUUAAUCCCUUUAUAAAACACUACUUUGAAAUAGACUUACGGUCACCAUAUUUCUUGCUAGUCAUACCUAGACUUUUUAUAUGUAUUCUCUCAUUAAUUAACGAUUAUUGUCUUUAUAAACUCUGUAUAAUGUAUGGUCAGAAUUUCAGAAACCGUUUAAAAAUAUUUGCAAGUUCUUAUGUUGUACUCAUAUAUUGUUGCAGAAGUUUUUCAAAUACAUUUGAAAUGUUAUUUUUUUCCAUUCUACUGUAUUUAGUAGGAGACUGUAUGUUGAAGUCAGACAAUGUCAUUUAUCAUCAAGAAUAUUUGCAAGAAAAAUACAAACAUGCUGUUACACCUAUGGAGAGAGUGAGAAUAUAUAAAAUGCAAACACAUUUACCUCAUCAUUCUUUAAACAAUGUUUUGAGCCUGGCAUCUUUGGUUGUGAUAGGAAUAUUUAAUCGUCCAACAUUCAUAGGCUUUGCUCUAAUACCUAUAUUCUUUUGGUUGCAUAGAGGAAUUGGUUCCAAAAUAGUGGGGUUUGCCGAUUUUCAUGCUAGAAUAUUUAUGUUAGUUGUUUGUGGUAUACCAAUGGUCUUGUUAUGUAUCCUUGUUGACUCUGCCUACUAUGGCUACCUGACAUUAGCUGAUAUUGAAUCACUUCAAAUAUCUUGGAGUAACUGGGUUGUGACGCCUCUUAAUUUCUUAAGAUAUAACACUGAUGUAAGAAAACUAACUAAACAUGGAAUUCAUCCCCGUUGGCUCCACUUAGCUGUGAAUGUGCCCAUCCUUUUUAAUGUUUUGGGGUUCCUAGCUGGAUGUGCAGUUAUACUUAAUACAUACAGGUUUGUCAAGGGACAAUACACUAAAAUGCCUAAAAUACAAAGUAUUAGAGGACUAAUGCUAUUAUCAGCAAUAACACCUUUAGCUGUGCUUUCCUUAUUUCCUCACCAAGAAGCCCGUUUUAUCAUUCCAAUACUAGUGCCUCUAGUAUAUUUAUAUGGUAACAGUAUCCACAUAUGUGCGGCAGAUGACAUGGAUUUAAAGACAUUAAAAAAGUUACUUAUAAUCAUAUGGUACAGCUUAAAUAUUAUUUUUGCUAUAUUUUUUGGUUUCAUUCAUCAAGGAGGUAUUUAUCCUUUUAUUAAUGAUCUUUAUUAUGAAAACAAAGGCAGCCAUGGUUCUCACAUGCAUGUAAUUACUACACAUAGUUAUAGCAUUCCUACAUAUCUUCUUCAACUAGAAAGCACUACAAAAAUUUGGAAGGAUAGAACAACAAAACAUAGCUUUACAAUUGCUCCAUCAACCUUCAUUCAUAAGUAUGGUUCGUUACCAAUGGAUCAACUAUUCAUGAAUGUUGAUGAAGUUUUAUCAAAUGCAGAAAUGCGCUAUCAUAAAUACAAAAAAAAAUAUAAACUGUAUGUAGUAUCACCAUGCUCUCUGGAAAAAAAAUUAUUUAGGGAAGUUAGUAAAUACCAAUACAUAAAUUUAUUAGAACACAGUUCUUACUAUCCUCAUUUUUGUACUGAAGCAUUUCCUAAUUUUCCGAGUGAAGAUGAUAAAAGUUGUGUUAAAGGUAGUAAAUUUAUAAGUUACAAUGCUCAAACAGAUCUAACUAUGUUGGAAAGAAUCUCUUGCUUUAUAAAUCAGUUUUGCUUAAAAGUAUUUCAUGUUAAGGUAAAUGAGACAUAUACACUAUAAUUAUUUUUUGGUUUAGUUCAUUCAAUAUUUACAUUACAUUACAGGAGUCCAUCCACUUAAAAUAUGUUUGCUAUAUUUUUUUAAAACAAUUACAUUUAAUAUUUUUUACAUACUUAUACAUACUUGAAACUAUAUUUAUAUGCAUUUUCUCUAAAAUAUCUAAUCAUUUUAUUAGAAUCAAUGAAGGUACAGUUAAUACAGUUUUAUCUCAGUUUUAAAUAUGUAUAACAUAAUAUGUUUUUAUGGCAAGGCAAACUGGACUUAUUGAAGUGCUUUAAUUAUAAUUAUUUACAUGACAUGACACUAUAAGAGUAUAUAUAAAGUACCCAGUGUAAAAGUUUUGUGACUAAUUAGUAAUUAUUAUAAGACUGUAAAAGAUUUUUAAUUUGAAUCUCAUGUUAAAUAAUAAGUAAUGUUUGUUUCUUGAAAAUUGAUAUGAAAAGUUAAACCAUUUUAUGUAUAGUUUUUUUCAAUGAAGUGGAGGUGAAAAAUGUGUAAAAAUGGUAAUUAUUAUUGGACAUUAAAUUAUACUAAAUGGAAAUGUCUCAUAUACACUUUCGCAUUUUGUCAAGUAUUUUUAUGUAGAUCUUAAAAUCAAUCUAUAUCACAAUAUUUACAAUAAACGCUUAUCUUAGAUACUGUUUUAUUAUACAACAAUUAAAAAUGUCUACCCUAAUGGUUGAAUACAAUUGUUUGGAGUCAAGAUAGAAUUCGAGUUUUUGAA